AUCCAUGAAAAAAAAUCAGAAUUAAUCCAAAAAACUCCCAAAGAAAAAAAAAAAAUUGUUCAGGAAGCACAUAAGCACAAAACGAUGUCUUUUAAUCUUAUGUUCUUAUAUAUACCCACAUAUAUAUAGCAAUUUUUUCCCUCUUUUCCCCACUUUUUCUUGCAGCAAAACAUUGAAAAGAGUUGGAAAUCUUGAAAUUCCAUUUAUUAUCCUUUUCUUCCUUAAUAUUUUUUUCUUGGAGGGUGAAAUCAGAAAUUAUACGCAGUAGAAAGUUAAGAGUUUUUGAUUACUUGGUUUAGUUUUUCCAUCUGGGUUCAUAUAUGUGUGGAAAUUGAAGAAAAAAUGAAUCUUGGCGGCUCACAAGCAGUGAAAUCCAUGUCUGUAUCGAGUUCAAGCGUUACUCGGAAAUCCGGUGAUGGAGUCUCCGACCAGUUUCCGGCGGGUCUCAGAGUACUUGUUGUGGAUGAUGACCCCACUUGUCUCAGGAUCUUGGAGAAGAUGCUCAAGAAUUGCCUCUAUGAAGUUACCAAGUGCAAUCGGGCAGAGCUUGCCUUAAAUUAUCUAAGGGAGAACAAGAAUGGUUAUGACAUUGUUAUAAGUGAUGUUCACAUGCCGGACAUGGAUGGUUUCAAACUUCUUGAGUAUGUUGGACUCGAGAUGGACCUUCCCGUUAUCAUGAUGUCUGCGGAUGAUAGCAAAAAAGUUGUGAUGAAGGGGAUUACUCAUGGUGCGGUGGAUUAUCUCAUCAAACCGGUUCGCAUUGAGGCACUGAAGAAUAUAUGGCAGCAUGUGGUUCGCAAAAAAAAGGUUGAUUAUAAGGGAAAGGAGUAUGAACAAACAGGAAGUGUGGAAGAUGGAGAACAGCAGCAAAAACCACCUGAAGAUGCUGAAUAUUCAUCUUCAGCCAAUGAGGGGAGUUGGAAAAAUCCAAAGAAAAGAAAGGAUGAGGAAGAAGAAGCAGAAGAAAGAGAUGAUCCAUCAACAUUGAAGAAACCACGUGUGGUUUGGUCGGUUGAGCUCCAUCAGCAGUUUGUCACCGCUGUUAAUCACCUUGGACUAGACAAGGCUGUUCCUAAGAAAAUCCUGGAACUAAUGAAUGUCCCUGGGCUUACAAGGGAGAACGUUGCAAGCCAUCUUCAGAAGUAUCGUCUUUAUCUAAGAAGGCUAAGUGGCGUAUCACAGCAUCAGAGUGGACUCAAUAAUGCCUUUAUGGGACCUACAGAUUCAACCUUUGGGCCAAUGUCUUCUCUCAAUGGGCUUGAUCUUCAAGUUCUUGCUGCUUCAGGUCAGCUUCCACCACAAAACCUUGCUACAAUCCAGGCAGCUUCUUUUGGUCAGGCUACAAACAAAUCACCUGUACCAGUUCACCUAGUUGAUCAAAGAAAUCUUUUCAGCUUUGAAAGUCCCAAGUUAAGGUUUGGUGAGGAUUCACAACUGCUUAACAAUAAUAGUAAGCAAAUCAAUUUGCUCCAUGGUAUCCCUACAAAUAUGGAACUGAAGCAGCUUGCCACUUUGCGUCAAUCUGCGCAAUCGUUCGGGAACCUGAAUACACAACUCCACUCUCAGUCAAGUGAAACCGGCUCUCUACUGACACAGAUGUCUCAAUCUCAGUCUAGGACACCAAUAUUAAAUGAAAUCAGUGGCACCCAUGUCUUGACUCUUCCAUCGUCUCCAGGUCAGCCCAUGUUGUCGCGGGCACUCCCUAGCUCUGUCUUGCCGCGAAAUGGAAUUGAAAAUGUUCACGGAGGAACACUUGGUUCAGUUUCACAGCCCUCUCCAGAUCUAGAGUUUUCCAUAAAUCAGGGGGACGAGUUUCCGGGCAACAGUUUUCCUCUCACGAGCAAUUCAGGUAUAUCGAUUCUCACUUCUAAAGGGAUGCCGCAAGAAGAGGUUAAUUCGGAAAUGAAAAUGCCUAGAGGUUAUCUUCCUAAUUAUGACACUUCUGAUGAGCUGAAUCAGAAUAGAACUCAAGAUUGGGGUAUGCAGAAUGUUGGAUCAACCUUUGACGUGUCUCAGCAUUCUAACAUACAAGGGAGCUUAGAUGUUUUACCUUCAAUUUUAGUUCAACAAGGGUUUUCUUCUAGCCAUAAGAGUGAACAAAGCAGGAAUGCGUCUGUUAGUAAGGCAGCCUUCUCAGUUGGGGACGGAAGAAUUGGUAACACUUCAAACCCUGGUCACCCACUUAACUUGUCUCUGGCUGAUAUUUCACAAAGGAUCAAGUCUGAAAGACUGCCAAAUAUGGGCUUCCAGAAUACCUUCUUCUCUGAACAGUUUGGUCAAGAUGAUCUCAUGAGUGCACUUCUCAAACAGCAGCAAGAAGGCACAGGAGCUGUUGAAAGCGGGUUUGGAUUUGAUGGAUAUCACUUGGAUAAUCUUCCUGUGUAACACCUUUCCCUGCUGUAGCUUAUUGCGUUUAGCACUUUCGUGUAGUCAUAGUCCUGAUCAAAGGCUGAAGAUUCAGUUUGAUGUCUGCUUCCAGAAGUAAGAAUUUAUCUGCAUUAUUUUGGUGUCAAUAGCAAGCUGUGUUUAUUUCUUUUUAAACUAUAAUGCAAAGCAUGAUGCUCGGUCUGGUGGAUCAGCUACAAUAGAAGACGAUGUAGGGAAAUGUGCAAAGCAUACGCUAAAUUUUGACAGCUUUUAGAAUAGGCAAUUGUAGUAGAUACAGUAUCAUUUUCAGGAACUAGUGAAUUUUCCUCGUUUGCGAGUGCCAAUCUAUCUCUCUCUGCAAUCUGGUGUCUGCUCUAACUCAAAUAAAACAAAUGUUUAUUUUCCAGAAUUUGGAUGCUUUGUAUAGAUUUGAUUUGAAUUCAAGAAACUAGCAUUGUCGUUCUUUCA